AUGCUCAGGAGCCACGCAAAGUUGGCUUACACACCAAUCAGGCUCAUAUCACAAACCUCUAGAGUCCAAUUUCAUGUCAGAAACUCCAUCCUCGAUAAGCAUAGAGUAGAACAAGAUGCGGUUGAAUCCCCCACCAAUAUGGCUCAGGAAUCACACUUGCCUGUAAUAGAACAAGACUUGAAAAUCAAGCCGCGCCAACCAAAAGCGAAAGCUCCGUUUUUGUCAAAAGCGGAAGAUGAUCCAAAUAAUGCAAGACUAUCGUCAUUCAAAGAAAAAAUCGGUCAAUGGAUCGUGUCUACAUUUUCGGUUGAUAUGGAUAAAUCUAGAAGUGGACCCGUUGCAGGUGGGAUCUAUUUUGGUGAAUGUAAAAGACAAGCUUUGGUAUAUCCAGAUGAGCCAAUGAGUGAUACUGCAAGAUUCUAUUUUCAAACUUUGGGAUUACCAAUUUCAUUUUCGCAACAAGUUCAAAUUACUAUUCUACACUAUUGGAUCCUUUCAGUGAGAAUGAGAGCUCUACCUUUCAAAUAUGCUAAACAGUACCAACAGAAAUUAGUUGAUCGUAUAUUUGAAGACUUGCUGUCUAGAAUGACAACUGAAUUGGGCAUAAAAUCAGGAAGAUUGGUUGAAGGAUAUUUGAAGGAUUACCAUACUCAGUUAUUAGGAAGUGUUUUGAGUUACGAUGAAGGAUUGAUGACUGAUGAUAUCACUUUAGCUGCGGCAUUAUGGAGAAACGUAUUCAAUGCCAAUGACAAUGUCGAUAUAAGACACGUGGAGGCUUUGUUGGUGUAUGUCAGAUCACAAUUGUAUGUGUUGAAUAAAAUGACCGAUAGAGCAUUUGGAUUUGGAAAGUUUAAAUUUGUGCCUCCUGAUCAAGUAGUGCAGCCAAUUUCCAAACAACAAGAAGAAUUGAUCAAACAAAAGACAAAGGAGGAGUUUGCUGGUAUGACUUUACCAUCUCAAAAAUCCGUCUUGUCAAUGGACGAAUAA